CUGAUUGACAGUCAAACUUCAUAACCAAACUUUCUUAUCAAAGCUUAAAAGUGAAAACUCCAAAAUCAUUGUUAAUAAUCAUUUUUUAUUGUGAAAUUUACAAUAUAAUAAAUUAAGAAGAAGGCAAUAAUAAAAUAUUAGUGAAGUGCAUGAAAUUAAAGAAAAAGUUUUGAAAUUUCUUUUAAAACGACGCGUAAAAGUUUUGACAAUUGGCUUUGUUUUGUUUACUAAAAAGUGUUCUCAUGAAUUUUAUACAAAAAAUAAUUAGCAGGAUAUAAUUAAAAUUUUAUACUUAGUCUUGUAAAGAAAUGGACGACUUAUAUGGGAUCUGCAAUGCCAUUUUCCGGGGAUGCGUGGACAGUAUCAAAGGAAUUGCUGUGGUUUUUUAUCUUGACAGGGAAGUGAACAAAAAGAUCUCUGAGAGAUCUUCGCGGUCCAAAAGCACAUCGAAUGAGCGACUGAAUCAAGCGGCUGGUACUCCGUCAACAGUCAGAAGGUCCGGAAUUAACAAGGAAGCAACAAAACGAGAAGAGGAAUCAAUGGUGGGGAAGCGCGUCCUGCAGUGCUGUGCCUUAAAUGGGGGUAUCUUCUGGGCAGGCAUUGCAUUCUUCGAGUAUCUCCUGCUACCCAUCUUGGCCACCAUUUUAACGUACAUUUUCUCCGAAUCAUUUGGUAUGACCGUCUGGGGGUGGAUGCAACCCUUCUUUUCGCUCAUCUUCCAGGCAUGCUGGGUACUGCCUCUUUUCAUCAUCAGCAAAAUCGUCAAUAGCCUCUGGUUUCAGGAUAUCGCAGAUACGGCUUAUAAAUUCCGCAAAGGACGCCCUCAGCUCUUCUCCAGCACUAGCAAACUCAUUGCCGAUACACUAUUCAGUCUUAUCGUGCAGGGACUCUUCCUUGUGCAAAGUAUGAUUGUGAGCUUUCUGCCAGUAGGGUAUGUCGGUAGUAUCCUCUGCUUCUUGCACAUGUGCCUUCUGUACUCGCUCUACUCCUUCGAGUACAAAUGGUUCAAUAUGGGCUGGGAGCUGCACAAAAGACUUACGUACAUCGAGUACAACUGGCCGUACUUUUUCGGUUUCGGUAUCCCACUUGCCAUCGCUACGCAGCUACCGAGUUCUUUCAUUGUAAGCGGUUGCGUCUUCUCCAUCCUCUUUCCGCUCUUCAUACUCAGCAGCAACGAAGCUACACCUGUUUCUACAACAAAUCAAUACCCUCUGAAACUCUUCUCACCCGUUGUUGCCAUCUCCAAUACCCUCUUCAGUAGCAUUAUGCCUGUCCACCGGACACCCGGGGUGGCAACGCCCAGCCACCCGACUACCCCGCUGACCCAGAAGAGCAGGACAAAGUAGCCAACAGAGAGUCCGGGUGCUAAUUCAAGAUCUUGAUAGUGUGAUUUAUCAACAUGAAUACAUGACCAGGGGAUUUGACUCUAUGCAGGACACUAAUAUUUUGUGUUGGAUUUGCUUUUUGUGGGAAGGGAGGACAAUGAGAGGUUGAAUAAAAAGGGACUGAACAAUAACCAUAAAA